UCCCAGCCCCUAUAGAUGCAUCCAGUCAACGUCGAUUAACGUCGACGUAUGGCAAACCUGGAGCCGAGGUCAUUUUUGUUUGUUUAACAAAAACCCAAAACGCGUGACAAUUAUCGGAUUGGGCGGUGGUUGUGCAAAAAAAGUUUUCGUUGACGAUUCGUUUCGUCAACGUUUGCCUGGCCCAUUGAUCGUCAACCUGUCGAUUGAUUUCAUCACAUUUAAUCACUCGACCCUAGCGACGAGGGGGUUGAUGCGGGAUUCCUCCCCCCUCUUCAUCAGUUUGCUGCUCCCAAAUGACGACAUCGCGAACGACCUUCCACGUCCUAUCUGGCGACAUCUGGCGGAUUGUUUGAAGGCUGCCUCGUGGCAAACGAGUCGCCGGUGGAGGUGUGCCAUGGCGACUGGAGGAAAUCAGUCUUGGACUGCCGAGUCGGGGCUGCAGAAUGCUGUGAUAAUCAGCUCCGUAAGAAAACUUGUGAAAUCAGCUUAUCUCAGGGACUAUGAAAUAAGAAGACGGCUUGAGGAUGAGCAUGAAAAGCAUGUUUGUUGUGGAGUUAUUUACCCCUACAACUACAAUGCAGAUGAGGCUCUCAUUGCCUUUACCAACGCCCAAGACAUGGAUGUCUUUAUGCAACAGCAAAAACAUAUCCGACAAGAAAAUACAGUGACGAAAAACAGAAAUAUUCACGAAGUAAUCUGGAAAAUCCAGGCAACCAAGCCAAGUCAACAUCAGGUCAUAGCACACUGGAAGUCGAUGAAUAUAUAUUUGAAUACCUUUCUAAAGUUUAUUAUAGAGAUCUUGAUGAGCUGAAUAGCAAGUACAAAUGCACGAUGAAGACAACAAAGAGUACUGAUCAACAAAAAACAUUUCUUAAGAUUAACGGGUAUAGAAAUGAUCAACCAAUAGCUGAAGCAGUGGAGCACAUUGUUGAUUUGUACCAAAAUGUAGCUACAAAUGUCCAUGAGUUUAAAACACUGAUUCCAGAUGAAGCUAUUGCAAUGGAUCCAGUUGUGUUCAAGAAAUUACUAGAAAAAACCGAACAGUAUUUUCCAAAUGUUAUGAUAAGUAAAUUACCACCUCAUAUUAUUUUUACAGGCAACUACAAAGAAGUUGAUGAGGCUCGAGAUGAACUGUUUAAAGAUUUGCAAAGUAAAACAAAAAGUAGCACGAGCAAUGAAGACAAAUUAUUAUUUUCGAACAUUCAAGACUCAAGACACUCAAACACUGGAGUUUUACAAGCUUCAAAAAUUAACCUUGAAUUUGUUAUGGAAAUAUUUCAAGAUGAAUUAGAGCAGCUGAAAAAGAAAUAUCAAUUUGAUAUAAUUGUCAAAAAUACACCUAAAAAUAAUACAGUGGAUAUAAUGUUGCAUCCUAAUGACAAGAAUUUUUUUUUGUUUAAUGAAGCUAUGGAAGCUUUUACAGAUUUUUUUCAAAGCAAAAAUAACAUUCGACACGGCAUAGUUAAGAUCACGGAAGACGUGUCUGCAGGACAACUUGAUUAUGCCAUUUCGACUGCGAAAAAAACAUAUCCAAAAAUUUUCUUUCAAAGGAAUGAAAGCCUGACCGAAGUGACUAUUGUAGGAAAUGUAGCAAAGGUUGCAGGAAAUGUAGACCAGGUUGAGAAGGCACGGGAUCUGCUGUGCGAAACAUUAAAUGGUGUUAGUCAUGGUUCCUCAUCAACAAGAAAUAAACCUAAUGUUCACGCGACCAUGAAUUCUAGCACGAUUCCCACUGCAAAAUCAAAACAAGAAAACAAUGAAGAAAAAUGCCCAAUCUGUAUGGAUGAUUUCACAAAUAAAACAUCCCUGAAAAGAUGUAAGCACUCUUUCUGCAAGGAAUGCAUUGAUCAGGCAAUGAAGUCAAAGUCAGUAUGUCCAAUUUGCCAGACAGUUUAUGGCAAACUAGAAGGUGAUCAACCAAAGGAUGCCUCAAUGAAGGUAACGACUUACUACACAACUCAUUUGCCAGGAUAUGAGAAGCAUGGAACCAUUACAAUAUACUAUGACGUCCCAAAUGGCAGACAAGGGCCAGAGCACCCACAUCCUGGGAAACUUUAUCAAGGAACAACAAGGUAUGCAUAUUUACCUGAUUCGCCCGAGGGGAGGCAUGUACUCAGCCUCCUCCGGCGGGCAUUUGAACAGAGGCUCAUCUUCACUAUUGGGACAUCGUCAACCACCGGUCUGCAGGACUGUGUCACGUGGAAUGACAUCCAUCAUAAAACCAGCACACACGGAGGACCUGACAGCUAUGGAUAUCCAGAUCGUGAUUACCUCAAGCGUGUACAGGAGGAGCUGAAAGCCAAGGGCAUUUUUUGAAUUUCGAAAAAUGCAAGAUUCUUAUCUCGAAAACUCCAAAGUGAUUCCAUGAAGACAUUCAAGAGUAAACAAUACAUGUCAACAUGUAAGAAUUGUAGCCAAGCAUUUGUGUUUAAACUGAUUCUAUCAACCUUACAUGUAAUUUUUCUAAUUAACAAAUAAUCUGCGUCUGGUGUUAUGUGAUGAGAUGAAUAAAGGUCCUUUGGGAACCCACACAGAGGAGAACUACUUACUUGAUCCAUCGAAUGACCUUUCAUUUGCACGACGAAUGCAGAAAUAUCCCAUUCAACCAACUUUAGAAAUGUUCAUUACAUGGCAGUCAAAGUGAAAUAUCUAAUUCUCGGUCAGAAAUGUCUCACAAUGUCAGAAAAAUUAUUUUGUGAUGGGUUUUCAUGCAGUCAUUGGUGACCAGGCUGAGACCAUUAACUCACAACACUUUAGAAACUAGUAUUAUAACAGGUGGCUGCCCAUAAUUUAACCCAAAUCCAGUUUGUCGAAAUACUGAAUGUGUAACAACCACACAAAUGUGGUUAUAACCACAUGAUGUAUCAUCUUAUGGGUUCACUUUUUCCCGUCACGUAUUACAAUAACUUACCGUAUUUGUUUUUGGAUUAUGAAGCAAUUAAACUUUCAAUGGUCAACAAACUGCUACUAAAUUGCACACAAGUACGGUGAUUCAACAGUGUCCUGUAUUCUGCAUCCCGACUUAUUUUAAAACAGCUGUAAGCAGCUGGUUUAAUCCUGUAUUCACUCACCUCGAAUGAUUGCAUCUUGUGUGGACAGUGUAACAUGACAGGACUUUAGGACCAGUCUGGGCAUACUUAAGAAUGUUAAUUUGCUUUUCACUCUAUUUUGGUUUACAGAUAGUGUCUGAUUAUAUUAUUGUGUGUACACUUUUUCUUUGGGAUAUAUUACAAACUUUCAAAUUAUGUAAAAUUGAAAGUUUUGACAAUCGGGUGGUAUGAAUUAAUGUCACAACUAUACAGUACUACAUUUUUUUUCAAACUGUCAUUGACAAUAGUUUUAAUUCUAAAAAUGUAUUUAGCUCAAAGGCUUGGUAUUCAGUUACUUCUAUUAUUACUGCAUUAGACUGUAAUAUUACUGGUGAUUUUAUUCUAAUUAUGGACACGUGCAUGCUGAAUAAACAAAAUGAAUCGAUGUCUGUCUUACCGAGUUUUUAGUUUUACACAAUUAAUUUGAAGUGUCAGACUGAUACAUUUCAUAUGGUGUGUUUUAAGCUCAGUUAAUUACAUUUUAUGUGUGAAUGCAUUUAGCAUUGACUUGCAAAGCUAAUUCACAAAUGACUGCAGUAGGGGUCUACAGAGAUAUCUAAUACUGGUAGGAACCCACUGGUUCCACCAGCCCACAGGGGAUUAUUGUGUC